UUUUUGUUUCUCUAGCAGCUUCUACCAAAGGUAAGAACUUUCCUUUUCUUCCUUCCACAAAUCCGAGUCGGUGGCUGUCACCGCCACCCACGGCCGCCAUCAGAGUUCGAAGCCAGACAUAAGCUAGUUAAGCCGAACCAGAAAACAAAAGCGAAAAACUCUCCGGUUUCUAUCGCCGGCCGUCGGACAGGUCUGCAGUUUUCUUAUCUUAUGGCGAUGUGUUCCGAAGACAGAAUCAGCAGUUUCCCGGAUUAUAUUCUUUGUCAUAUUUUGUCUUUCCUUCCUAUUAAAGAAGCAGUUCGAACCUCUAUUAUUUCAACCAAGUGGAGAUACCUCUUUGCUUCAAUUUCUACCAUUGAAUUUGAUCGUUGUUUACUGAGUGGUUUGACUGACAGAAAUGUUGACAGCUUCAAGAACUUUGUUGAUAGGUUAUUGAAAUUCCCCGAUCAGGUAAGUUUAGAUUGCUUUAGGCUAAGUGAUGGGAUUUCAUGGAAUGAUGAAGAUCAUGAUUUUGAUGUUUCUGGUUGGAUAUUUGCUGCAUUGUGCCGUCGUGUUAAGGAAAUUGAUUUUCACUUAGAUUAUCUUGGGGAUGUUCUCACUUUACCAGCUGUUUUAUUCACUUACCACUCACUGGUGACACUGAAAUUGAAUGCAGAAGGUUCUAAGAUUGAGGUCCCAUCUGACGUUUGUUUAGGGAAUCUGAAGACUUUGCAGCUUAGAAACUCGGUAGUUGACGGUGAUUCCAUUCAUAGGUUAAUUUCCAAUUGCCAUGUCUUAGAAGAUUUGGCUUUUAUUGAAUGUUUUCUUGCGUAUGCAGGGGCGCUCAAUAUCCAAACUCCUUCUCUUAAGAGAUUGGUUUUAGAUUUUGAUGUGGUAGAAUACAGAGAUUUCAAUUAUGUGGUGGUGAUUAAUGCUCCAAAUCUUGUUUAUUUUCAAUAUACUGACGCAGUAGCUGAAGGCUAUGCUUUGAGUAACAUGAAGUCUCUAGAAAAAUCCGAUAUUAGCAUCUAUCGGUUUGAUUCCAGUGAUUGUGAAACAAGUGCAACCCAUCUUAUUCAAGGAAUUUGCACUGUGCGGUCUCUGAGUUUAACCAUUGAUGAAGUGAUUUUCCGAACGUGUCGACUUCCUAUAUUUCACAACCUUAUUGAAUUCGAAUAUCGUGGUCUUGGUUUUAAUGGGAGAGAAACUUGGCUUGUGGAGUUUCUACAUUGUGCGCCUAAUCUAAAUACGCUUACCCUUAAUUUUCUGGUUGUUGCGGAAACUCAAUGGAAGGUUUUACUUAUGGAAGUUCCUUCUUGUUUGUCUUUGCACCUCAAGGAGAUUAAAAUUUUGAACUUUAAGGGAGACACGCGAAUGUUUGAAAUGAUUAGUUAUUUCUUGGAUAAUGCUAUGGUCCUGGAAAAGCUCAUGAUAGGAAUGGAAUCCCUGUCUGAGACACAACAAUCGAUUGUCUUCAACCAAUUAUUGCAGUUACCAAAGAGUUCAAAGAAAUGUCAAGUUGUGAUUUUCUAGUACUGUUUUAUGUUAUGGUUAGAACUGAUCAGUGUCUGGUUUGGCUUUGUAUAGAUGUGUUGUUUGAAAUAUACAUUUAGUGUUAAUAUCCUAUACAUUCACUAAUAGCAAUACUGAAUAUCUGAUAGUUGGUUUAUA